AUGGGCCCCUGUACCGCCUCCUCAUGCUGCUGCCAGGCCCGUAAUCUGCCAUGGGCCCCCGUACCGACUCCUCAUGCUGCUGCCAGGCCCGUAAUCUGUCAUGGGCCCCCUGUACCGCCUCCUCAUGCUGCUGCCAGGUCCAGAGUGUGUCAUGGGUCCCUGUACGGCCUCCCAUUGCUGCUGUCUCCAUCGCCACACUCUGCCAUGUGCCACUUUCAGGUCUCCUCACACUGCUGGUGGGUUCCAUUUUGUCAUAGGGUGCUGUAUGGCCUCCCAUUGCUGCUGCCUCCACCGCCACACUGUGGCUCCACACUCUGGUUUUGGCCCCGUGACUGCCCAAAUGAGUGAAGUGUGCGGUGAUUCUAAGAUCGACGGCACUCAUCUGCAUGUCAUACUGACUGACAGUAUUAUUUCUCUUCCCCAGCAGACUCCAAGGGCAUUUAAAUUAAAGGUACAGUGUUCUGCACUAAUAUAA